AUGGCUGGAGCAGUCAAUGAUGCGCAGCUCGAUCUGAAGGAGACGCCUAGCAUUAAGCAGGUGUCAAGCAACAAUGUCGGGAUCGAUGACAGCGAUGAGCAGCUCGAUCUUGCGCUCCGGAACUAUGUUCCUGGGUCCGACCUAGAGAAGAAGCUGGUCCGCAAGGUCGAUUGGUACAUGAUACCAACGCUAUGGUUUAUGUGUGUUCUCUGCUUCUUGAAUAGGAACAAUAUUGGCAAUGCCAACGCCGCCGGCAUGAGCGAAGACCUCGGCCUUGACUCGUCACAAUACGCCAUGUUGAUCUCCAUGUUCUUCAUCGCCUACCUCAUCUGCGAAGUGCCUUCCAACUUAAUCAUUACCCGAGUCCGCCCAUCGUGGUACGUCCCUGUGCUAGCCAUCAGCUGGGGCACCGUUUGUGCCUGCAUGAGCCAGGUUCAAAGCUAUGGAGGCAUUCUCGCUGCUCGCUUCGUUUUGGGCGCUGUCGAAGCGGGCUUCAUGCCAGGAGUAAUGUACAUCAUGUCGUCUUGGUAUAAGAAAGACGAGCUCGGCAAGCGCUUCUCGAUCUUCUUCACAGCCUUGUGUUUUGCAGGGGCGGUUUCCGGGCUUCUCGCGGGCGCCAUCGUCUCUGGCCUUGAAGGCGCUCGAGGCAUGCAGGGCUGGCGCUGGCUAUUCCUCAUCGAAGGCAUAAUGAGCAUUGCCUUUUCCUCGAUCGCCUUCUUCGCCCUGAUGGACUAUCCGGCCAAUUCGUCGCGUCUCAGCUUGGAGGAGCGCCAACUCGCCGUCAUCCGCCUGGCCCAUGACCGCAACAUGACCGAUCCGGUCAUCGAACGCCUUAGCGCGCUGCAGGCUGUCUGGGCGGCCCUCCGUGACCUCCGAACCUACUUCUUCGCCAUCCUAUACAUGCUCGAAAACGGCUCCGCGACCAUCAACUACUUCAUACCCACCAUCGUAGGCAGCAUGGGCUAUUCCGGCGUAGCCGUGCAAUGGAUGACCGUCCCCGUCUGGGUCGUCGGUACCGUCUUCCUCAUCGUGCUGCCCUACACCGCCGACCGGCUGGAGGACCGACGCUGGCACACCGCGGGUGCCCUUGCAUUGGCUUUCAUGAGCGCCAUCAUCUGCUUCCAGGUCGAGCACGACGCCACCCGCUAUACCUUCCUCAGCUUCUGCAUCGCCGGCGUCUACACUUCCCUCCCACUCACCAUGACCUGGGUUUCGGAGACUAUCGGUCUCCCGGCGGAGAAGCGCGCCGUCUCCAUCGCCAUCGCCAACAGUGUCGGCAACCUGAGCGCCGUCUAUGGCAGUCGGCUGUGGCCCUCGGAGGAUGCGCCGCAGUAUGCGACGGGGUUCACCGCCAUCGCGUGCUUCACGGGUGUGGGCGCGCUGUUGGCUGCCGCGGGGCCCAUCAUCUUCAAGUUGCUGCCGAGGUUCCCGACAAGGGCGGAGCUGGAGGUGACGGAGGGGAGGACGGUGGUGGAGAGGACAGAUGAGAGGGUGUAA